GCGCUAUUUUUAAAGCUACUGGAUUAUUCAUCAAUUUUCCGUUGUCAUAAUGGGGACUGACUCGUCGAUGAAAGCUGUUGAUGACCAGUCUGGUCCAAAGAAGGAGGAGACUUCUAAGGAUGAUUUGUCUGAGGAAGACAAACAGCUUCAGGAUGAGCUUAAUAUGCUCGUGGACAGACUUGAGGAGCCGAACCAGCAACUACAUAAGCCAGCUUUAGAGUCCAUGUGUGCAUUGAUAAAAUCCUCUACGACGUCGAUGACAUCUGUUCCCAAGCCUCUAAAAUUCCUGAUGCAUCAUUAUGACAAAAUUAAAUCUUUUUACAACACUAUAUGUAAUGCAGAUACAAAAAAACUUUGCGCUGAUGUCGUAUCCGUUCUUGGCAUGACUGUAACUGAUCAGCCUGAAACGCGUUACGAUACACUGAAUUACAGACAUCUUGGUUGCCAGGGUGAUAUCGGAGCUUGGGGUCAUGAGUAUGUUCGCCACUUAACGAAUCAAAUCGUUGGUACUUGGCAAGAAAAAGAAUACGACUCACUAAUGGAUAAUCCCGAGGCCACAAAAGAAAUGAAAAAGGAUCGAGAAGACUGUCUCUCUCUUGUUCACCAAAUAAUUCCCUAUCUGAUGGAGCACAAUGCAGAGGCUGAGGCAAUUGACCUUUGUAUCGAAAUUGAACAACACCAUCUUCUAGAGAUAUAUACAUCAAGUCUAAACUAUACUCGAGUGUGUCUGUAUCUGACGAGCUGUGUAGCUUAUCUACCUACACCAGAUAACAAUAAGGUACUCCAGUACGCAACUAUUUUGUACCGUAAAUUCGAGGAUUUGGGCAAUGCUAUGCGUUGUGCUUUACGUCUAAAUGACAUGAAUUUGAUCCGCGAAAUAUUUUUGGAGUCUGGGAAGCUUAAAAAAGGUUCUCGUAAUUAUGGGCCAGCUAUCCAACGUCAACUUGCCUAUCUUCUUGGUCGACAGAACAUUGUAUUUCCAGAUGAGGAAUGUUUAGCAGAUGAGGACUUGACAGAAAUGCUUUGGAAUACCAGGUUAUCAGAACACUUCUUGUCUCUUGGUCGUGAAUUAGACAUUAUGGAUCCAAAGUUACCAGAGGAUAUCUACAAAUCUCAUUUGGAGGCAGUCAGGCCAACUUUAAAUGCGGCCACUUUAGACUCAGCACGAGCUAAUUUGGCUGCAUCCUAUGUGAAUGGACUUGUAAAUUGUGGUUUCGGUAAGGAGAAGCUACUACAAGAAACACCUAAAGAAGUCCCAUGGUUAUGCAAACAGAAAGAAUUCGGUAAAAUGAGUACUGUCGCUACGCUCGGUUGGGUACUUUUAUGGGAUGUUGACACUGGGUUGUCGCAGCUUGAUAAAUAUCUUUAUUCUGUAGAGGAUCAUACUCGUGCUGGUGGUCUUUUAGGUUGUGGAGUCGUCAAUUGUGGUGUUAAAAACGAAUGUGAUCCUGCGUUAGCUCUUCUAGGAUCUUAUGUGGAUUCUGACAAGGACGUCCUUUCUCGUGCGGCGAUUAUUGGUCUCGGUGUAGCUUACGCUGGUUCAAUGAAAGCAGAAGCUAUAAGUACUCUUACACCUGUUAUCCUGGAUAUUAAUACAGCGAAGCUUCAACAUGCUUGUUUGGCAGCACUUUCUGCAGGCCUUAUCUCAGUUGGUUCACUUGAUGGGACCGUCACUUCCACUAUCAUCCAAAGUUUAUUGGAAAGACCUGCAAGUCAUUGGAGCAAUGUUUUUAGCAAAUUUAUGGCACUUGGUUUAGGUCUAACGUGUUUAGGCCGACAGGAGGAAGUUGAGGUUAUUCUCGCUUCCUUAGAGGCUGUAUCUGAACCUAUGAAAUCAAUGGCUCACAUGAUCUGUGACUUUUGUGCUUAUGCUGGCAGUGGGAAUGUAUUAAAAAUUCAAAAUUUACUGCAUAUCCUCUCUGAAAAGUAUGAAGAAAAAGAAAAUACUGAUAAGGCUUCCAACGCAAAAACAAAAGAGAAAAAAGAAAAGUCUAGUGACGCUCGUCGUGGAGGGGGUCGUGGAAGAAAUCGUCGUGGUGGGUCAACUAGACCGGCUGCUACAUCUGCUACUACUAAUGACCAUAAUAACGGGCAUAAUACAGAUGCUCCUACAGCUAUGGAUACUACUGGUCAAGUAAAUGAAGACACCAUUGCCUCAGAAGAGACAGGCAUUCCCCAACCCAUACCUAUGGAUACAUCCAAUGCAGAUUCCACACCACAGGAAGACAGUACAUUUGAUUUUCAUGCUCAUCAGGGUCUAGCUGUUUUGGGAGUUGCUAUAAUUGCUAUGGGUGAAGAAAUUGGCCUAGAUAUGGCCUUCCGAAUGUUCGGCCAUCUUGUAUGUUCUUUUGUGCCACUUGAAUAUAUUAAGUAUCUAAGUGUAUAUAAUACUAGGUGUAAGUAUUUAUUUCUGUUUUAUCCGUCCUAGUUUUAAGCAGUAAGUGUUUAAAAGUUUCUUGAUACUUGAUACGCUAAUCCUGUUGUUUCUAACCAAAUAAUAGCUGAAUUUCAAAAUCGAUUGCUAGUCUAGUAGAUAAAUUGAAAAGUCCUUACACAUACGAAAUUACUUGUAUCCUCCUGUUUUUUGCUUGCAAAAGUGUAAUUUGCAUCCAACAAUCACUAUAACCAUACUAAGGAGUAUUUCCAAAUAUUAAGCGCAACAUAUCAUAUCUUUCUUUCUACGAACUAAUUCUUUCUUCCUGUACUAUCUCCUUAUAUGCAAUCUUUCUUCUUAUAUUACCACCACUGAAUUAACUACUAUAAAUCCGGUGUUCAUCUUGUGCUAAUAAGGUAUGGCAACUUGGACCUAUGCAUAUAUGUGCCCGGUCCUACGUUGCAACUGACUGACUGACUUAUAUGAGUAAAAUAAAUAGUAGAUAAUAAUGUCUUCUUAGGUUGUAGUAAACAGCAAACGAAACUCGGGUGAAGCUAAUGUGUGUUUAGGAGAGUUAGGUUUGUCAAGUUUAAUUACACAGUAUAGCCACCGCUCUAUGAUAAAUUCAGUGGUUUCUACUUGUAUCAUCGACUGACCUUGCGAAUAGGCGUUAGGUUUUCACUUUCAAGUCCAGUUCUGUCUAACAUUAUUGUAAUUCCAAUAGUCAGGUAAAUUUACAUAUCUGAUAGUUUGCAUAUAAGUCAAGUUAACAAUGUAUUACAGCAAGUAUAAAGCUCUUAUUUAUGAAUAAUGUUAUGUGCGUUCUUAGAAAAAUUCCCCAUCCUUUAAAAAAUGUCAAUCAUGAUCAGUGUAUGUAAGUUAAUGAAGUUGGUUUUAGUUAUAAAUAUUAUAGACACUUUUUGAUGACAGAAAAUGCUUUGUUUUAAUAAUUACUUUGCAGUUAAGAUUCGGCGAACUUCCAAUUAAAAGAGCUGUCCCACUAGCUCUUGCACUGUGCUACGUAUCGAAUCCUCAGCUAAAAGUAUUGGAUACUUUAAGCAAAUUUAGUCAUGAUUCAGAUGCAGAAUUAUCACACAAUUCUAUAAUUGCAAUGGGUAUUGUCGGUGCAGGAACAAAUAAUGCACGUUUAGCUGCUAUGUUACGUCAGCUUGCUGUUUAUCAUAGCCGUGAUCCAUACAAUUUGUUUUUAGUUCGACUUGCUCAAGGCUUAACACAUCUUGGAAAAGGGACCCUUACACUGAGUCCUUGGCAUUCUGAUAGAUUCCUAUGCCGUCCUGUUGGAUUAGCUGGACUUCUCAUACUGUUAACUUCUUGUCUGGAUAUGAGGAUGACAUUUAUGAGUAGACACGACUACCUGAUUUUUUAUAUUACACCUGCAAUUCAACCUCGUCUGUUGAUGACUUUCGAUGAAGACUUGAAACCUUCGCUUGUAACUGUUCGUGUAGGUCAGGCUGUCGAUGUUGUUGGUCAGGCAGGAAGGCCGAAAACCAUCACAGGAUUUCAGACGCAUACCACACCAGUUUUAUUAUCUCAUGGUGAACGUGCAGAACUUGCAACCGAUGAAUAUUUACCUAUAACACAACUUCCUUUAGAGGGUUUCAUACUUCUCCGAAAGAAUCCUGAAUACGAGGAAACAAAUAAAUAAUUGUUUCUUCAUUCCUAUACCUGUUAUCACGAUGUAAUAAUACAGUAUUCUAUUUCUACAUCUCAUUCUUUUCAGAAAUGAAAUACAAUUUUCUCUUAUU